CCCUUCCAGUGUUCGCUCUACCCAGCAACAGAGAAUGUCAGUUCUGUUACUUCUCUGAUUGGUUAAGCCUAGCCAUGCUGAUUCCUCUCCACCCAGUUUGGCCGUUUUCAGGUGAUAGAAGCCCAUAAUUUCAGAGCUCUUGUCUGCCCCCAGCCUGCCUCAGUUCCUCAUUACUGUUCCUCUGCUCACAGUCGUCAACUGCAGAGCCCACAACGUGUUCCCUGAAGAGAGAAUGGUCCAGAGCAGAGCUGUGAUCCUCGGAGCCCUCUCCUUGGCUUUCGCGCUGCGUCUGCAAGGAGCUGGGGCCAUCGAGGCCGACCAUGUGUCAACUUACGCUGCGUUUGUACAGAAGCAUAGCCCGUUAGGAGAGUAUAUGUUUGAGUUCGAUGAGGAUGAGAAGUUCUACGUGGAUCUGGACAAGAAGGAGACCGUCUGGCGUCUGCCGGUGUUUGCCCAAGCCUUUUCCUUCGAGGCUCAGGGUGGGCUGGCUAACAUCGCCAUAUUGAACAACAACUUGAAUAUCAUGAUCCAGCGUUCCAACCACACCCAGGACACCAAUGAGCCUCCGGAGGUGACUGUGUUUCCCAAGGAGCCUGUGGAGCUGGGCCAGCCCAACACCCUCAUCUGCCACAUCGACAAGUUCUUCCCGCCAGUGCUUAACGCCACGUGGCUGCGCAAUGGCCAGCCGGUCACCGAGGGCGUCGCUGAGAGCCUCUUCCUGCCCAGAACAGACUACAACUUCUACAAGUUCCACUACCUGACCUUCGUGCCCUCGGCCGAGGACGUCUAUGACUGCAAGGUGGAGCACUGGGGCCUGGACGAGCCAUUCCUCAGGCACUGGGAGGCCCAGGAGCCCGUCCAGGUGCCUGAGACGACGGAGACCGUGCUCUGUGCCCUGGGCCUGGUGCUGGGCCUGGUGGGCAUCAUCGCUGGCACGGUCCUCAUCGUAAAGGCUCUGCGUUCCGGUCGUGACCCCCGUGCCCAGGGGCCCCUGUGAGGUGACAAAAUUCCUGAAAAGAAGAGGACGUAGGAGAGAUCUGGAUUUCAGCUGCCCUGCAAACUUGCAGUCAUGGCUUCCCUUCUCAGUGCAAAUGCUCUCCACCCCGAUGGCUGACUUAAUUGCUGGCCCUUCACGCUCCGUCCUUGUGUGGUUUUUCUCGUUUUGUUUUUGUUUUUUUGAGACAGAUUCUUGCUCUGUCAU